AUGGCUUACCGAUCGGUCUGGAUCGUUUUGCUGGCAGCAGUUGCCGUUUGCCAGGCGGAAAAUAUUCUCUUCAUGUCCGGCGUUCCUUCCCCGAGUCAUUACAUAUGGCUUCGACCACUGAUGAACGAAAUGGGAAAGCGUGGCCACAACGUGACGGUGAUCAGUGCGGAUGUGGAGAAGAAACCGCCAGCGAACUUGACCUACAUUCAUCUAGAAAACUUCUACAGCACCAUGUACAAUACCUCGAUGCGACAGAAGAUGGAUUUUUUCGCUAUGGCCAACGACAGCCCGACUAAAAUGUUAAAUUUGUUUGAUGAGUUCGGUUUGGACCUCUGCGAAGCAGCCAUCAAGUCUGAAGGGCUACACUCGCUUCUGGCCUAUCCGCAGGAUUUUAAGUUCGAUUUGUUUGUGAGUGAUUACAUGAUCGGUCCGUGCAUUUCCUCGAUCAUUUUGCACCGCUUCAAGGGUGUUCCAUAUAUCCCGUCGACGCCGUAUAAUGCUCCGUCGACAGCUGCGGCAGUGCUCGGUGCCUUUUCCUACUCCGGCCUAGUUCCAAACCAUGUCUUCGACGCACCGGAAUCGAUGAGUUUUGUACAGCGAGUGAAGAAUCUUUACUACGAUUUGUACGAAAUGACACUGCACGAGAUCUUUCUCCACCCGGAAGCGGACCGAAUUUUCCACAAACUCUAUCCGAGCGCCCCGAGCACCAGGACUUAUUACAAAAACGUGAAACUGUCCUUCAUCAACGCCAAUCCGAUUAUCCAGUACAAGGAACCGAUGAUGCCGAAUAUGAUACCGGUCGGUGGAAUGCAAAUCCAGCCAGCGAAGCCACUGCCAGCGGAUCUCCUCAAAGUGGUCGAGGGAGCCAAAAAUGGAUUCAUCCUCUUCUCGCUCGGCAGCAAUGCCCGUAGCGAUCUGCUGGGUCCCGAGCGCAUUACCAACAUUCUUACCGCGAUGGGGCGACUCUCCCAGUAUCAGUUCCUGUGGAAGUUUGAAUCCGACGAAGCCAAGCUACCGAUGAAGGUACCCAAAAAUGUGUACAUUCGUGCCUGGAUGCCCCAGAACGAUUUACUGGCCCAUCCCAACAUUAAGCUGUUCAUCACGCACAGCGGACUUUUGAGCACCCAUGAGGCGAUCUGGAACAGCGUGCCGAUCAUC